AUGGACCACUUGGGGUUCCUGGGGCAAGUCGCUGCUUUCAACUGCAUCUGCUACAGUCAGGGAUUAACAGCGGUGAAAGAAAAAGCAGCCAUUCUACGGAUUCAUGGCCCUUCAUCAGGAUCUUCAGAUGGUGGAUAUCCAGACACACAUGAAAACAUCAUCACAGAUAUGGAAGAGGCUUCACAGCACAGCUCUGAAGAGAACAUGCCUUUAUCAUCAUCUCCUUCAGGAUCCCAUGGAGUGUUUUCAACCAUCACGAAUGUGGUGCAGAAUACUGGUAAAAGUGUCUUAACUGGUGGACUUGAUGCUUUGGAGUUUAUUGGCAAGAAAACCAUGAAUGUUCUGGCUGAAAGUGAUCCUGGAUUCAAGAAGACUAAAAUACUGAUGGAACGGACUGUUUCCCUAUCUCAGCUGCUGCGAGAAGCUAAAGAGAAAGAAAAGCAAAGACUUGCGCAGCAAGUCACAAUCCAGCAGACAGCACAUUAUGGGCUGCUCUUCGAUGAAUUUCAGGGUCUGUCUCAUCUGGAAGCUUUGGAAAUUUUGUCUAAUGAAAGCGAAGCCAAGAUUCAAUCAUAUUUGGCACCUCUUGAAGGGGAGCAGCUGGAAGCAGAAAAAAAUGAUUUAAUUGCUAUUAAGGCAGUCUUCCUUUCACAAGAGUCAGAUAACGAAGACCAAGAAACAAAGAAAGCAGAUGCAGGAGACGAGUUUAUUGCGACACUUACAGAGUUGCUGUUUGAGCUACAUGUUGCUGCCACGCCCGACAAACUUAACAAGGCCAGAAAGAAGGCCUAUGAUAGCUUGAAAGUAGCAAGUCUCUCCACAUCAGGAGACAUGGAAGAGAACCCACCGGAUCAAACUAAAGAAGUGGAUGGUGAAAUGGUAGAAAUGCAAGUAGCUGAAGAAAAAUCUCAGGUGGGAGAAUCUGAGAAGACAGAAACAGAAAGAACCAAAACUGUAGAGGAAAUCUAUAUGUUGUCAAUUGAAAGCCUGGCUGAAGUAACGGCUCGUUGCAUUGAACAGCUUCAUAAAUUAGCAGAAUUAAUUCUUCACGGGCAAGAAGUUGAAAAGCCAGCCUUGGGGCAAGCCCAUGGUCUAACAAAUUUAACAAAUACAAUGUGUAAUGAAGUGUCAUCCCUAUCAAAACAGUUCUCUGAUGUUUUGACUUUGGUUGGGAAUGACAAAAAAGCUGAAAUCCUUAAUCCAAUGGUCAAUAGUGUACUAUUAGAGGGCUGUAACAGCACUGCUUAUAUUCAAGAUGCUUUCCAGUUGCUGCUUCCGGUUCUCCAGAUCUCACAUAUCCAAGCCCAUAGUUUGAAAACACAACAGUGACUCCUUUUAAAAUAGCCAUCGACCUAAUUUCUUGAAUGGCUGUGAAGUUUUACAAAUAUGCCCAAGUCCAGUAGGGUAUUCUCUUCAAAGUGACACUAAAUGCAGCUUUGCACAUGAAGUAUUAAAUAACAUUUUUGAACUGAAUGAACUAUUUAAGCACGUUCGUAUCAUCGGAGGGAAAAGCAACUUCAUGUUUCUUGUAGUAAUUUAAUGCUUGUUUCAGUUUUAUUGGUACAAAUUCAUCUUGGAUAUAUUACUAAAUACUUUAGAUUCUGUUUUGGGGAAAAAAAUGUUGCCUUUUUGUUGCCUUAUGCUUAAAUAUUGUGCAUCAAGUAAGUUGAGUUGAGGCAGCCAGAAAGACAGGCUUUCUGAGUGAUCUUGCUGCACUCCACAUGUGGAAAUACGGACACGCAGGGAAGAGAAACAAAAAUAUAGCAGAGGAGUGGAUCUUAUUUCUAACAUUCUUUCUAACAUUAGGCCUUACAUCUAACAUUAAGUCCAUCUUUCAUUUGAUUAGAUGCCUCCAUCUAGCCAUGCAACCCCAGUGGUGUCUGCUAUAUAAAGCAUGGGGGUAUUCUUGUAGGUUUAAAUAAGUUAUUUUUAAAAAUCAAGCUAAUGCAUGAUUUCCAAUAUAAGUUCUAUUUUCUGUUGAGAAGACACCAUCACAAAAUUAAACUUACUUGUCAGGAUUCUAUGGCAAAUGCUGUGCCUUCCAUUAGUCUAACAGAAUAAUGAGCUGUUGUUUCUUAAAAUAUGUUGCAUCAAAACAUCACAAGCAAGCCAUUAGUCAUAAUAACCAUGUGCUGAGAUUUUACCCUUUUUGGUUACAAGAUCUUACACUGCAGAAUAUAUAGCUACUCCCGCAGAGAGGAGUCAUGGAAAUUGAUUGUCUUAAUGGAGGUGAUCUUUUAACUAUAGGUUGCCUAGGAAUAUGCUGUAUGCCUUGGGGGAAUAUUUUAAAAGUGGCAGGGGAUCAUUUAAGACCUGUGGAAAGAUUGCUUAUUUGAAGCAGUCUUUCCUCGGGUUUUACUGAGAAGUCUUCAAUUAUGCAUGUGCUUUGUCGUUUAGGGAAAUAAAUAAGGAAGAAGCUACUAAAUAAAACACAGAACAGAAUAUCCCAUUUGAUAUUUAUUCUUUAAGAUCAUUACACUUGGCAGUUUAAGAAUUAAAAUCAACCAGCUCAUUUAAAGGUAGCCAGAUCAGUACAGAGUUGUGUGGGAAAACAACAAUAAAACUGAAUGCAGAGCUAAAUAAGUAAGGCCGCAGUCCUAUUUCCAGUUCAAAUUUAAUUCAAUACAUUAUAGAAAUUCGAACAGGACUUAUUUUUGAAUCAACUCGUCCAAGGUUGUUCUGCAAAUGAAUAAGCCUGGAAAUGCCAAACUUCAGAAUUAACUUUGACUUGUUUUGGGAUAUCUGUCCUAGGGAGGGCAGAUACAAAGGUGCUUCCAAAUGGAGAACUCAUAAUACGAAGAACAACUUUCUCUUAGACCCUCUGCAGCCACUUCAGGGAGUCUAGCAUCUUGGUGUCCAUAUGUCUCCAUGUACAAAAUAUACAUAACCAGGUUGGCGAACCUGCUCUUUUUCCAACCAAUUAUGAUUCUUGUAUGACAUGCCGAAACAGAUACUUCUGUGACCUAUUUUAGCUUCCUGGUUGAUGGUGGUGGUGGUGGUGGUGGUGGUGGUGGUGAUGAUGAUUUUAAAGGCAUGCCUCUAACAUCAUGAAAGUCAAUUAGGGCCUUCUUACAGACUGACAGGUUUCAAGGGAAAGUACAAGCUUUCAAAUGUUUUAUUUACGAGAAUGCCUUUGGCCCUAAAUGCCCAUGAAAAUAGACAUGGGGUGAUAGUAGGGCAUGUUGAACAGCGAGGAUGGCAAAAAACAUAAUCUCCAAUUCAAUUCCUGGUUUACAGGAGGUAUAGGUCAUUGUAUCCACUGUGGCAGCAAUUAGUAAAUGUGUUUGUGACAAACACUCAACAUUUUAACUGUACUGCCAUCAUGAGAAAAUUAAUACCCAUAUUCGUGGGCAUCUGUGUAGGAGAGGUAAAGAGGAGAGUGAAAUUAACAUCAUUUGCACAUCUAUCUUGAGCCUAAGGCCAUGCUAGUCAAUUUCAAAGAUAUUUCUUUACCAAGUAGACAAAGAAAUGGAGCAAUUUAGUUCAUAGUUCCUCUCUCCCAUGUCUCCUAAUAUUGAAGGGAAUCCUUGAUUUGUUUUUCAAAACACUGUUUCUAAAAAGGGAGAAAGGAAGGCAGCAAUCGAAACAGACGAUGUAGAUUUUACUUUUGCCUCACUUCUUUUAAAAAAAUAAAAAUAGGCAACUGUUCCAUAAUUUCACAGUGAAAGGUUAUUUAAAAAACACCUUUUCUAUUCUUUCAGUCCUUGAAUAUGUUAAGUAAAAUGAUGCACAGACAUUCAGGAGGAUUCUGCACCCCAUCUCCAGUUAGAGGGGCAUACAGACUCAGACUCUAUUUCUAUGUCUGCACUAAACUGAAAGUAUUAAUAGAGUUGUAUUCAUAUAAUUUUACACAUUAAAGAAAACCACACAUUUUCCAUG